GGGUAAGUCAUUUUGUUCUUGCCUCCUACCGAAGAUACCAUGGAGUUAGCGAUGACCGUGAUGUGUCGGUUAGUAGACGCCGAAGGAAUUCCUUUAGGUGACCCUAUGUAUAUCCCUCAGCGAGCAGGGAAGUUGCAGCUUACCGAGCUAGCUAAUAAAUUUCUCAACAAUGAGGAGAAGUUGCGCUACGCUUUCUAUGUAUCAGGCGAGGAACUUCGUGUGCCCUUAGGAACUUACAUAGAGGAAAGAAGUGUGUCCAUGGAGGAGAUUUUGACGAUAGUGUAUCGACAAGAAGCUGUUUUCCGAACUCGCCCAGUUAGCCGUAUUUCUGCUAGCAUUCCUGGUCACAGGGACUCUGUCUUGUGUGUUUCUUUCAGUCCUGACGGUACACAGUUAGCAAGUGGCUCGGAUGAUACUACUGUCCGGUUGUGGGAUCUCUACACUCAAACUCCAAUGUUUACAUGCAUAGGGCACACGAACUGGGUUCUGUCAGUUGCAUGGUCUCCAGAUGGUAAGCAUCUUGUUAGUGGUGAUCUAGCUGGUAAUAUCUGUUGCUGGAUACCAAAAACCGGAAAGCUAGAUGGCAGCCCCCUUAGAGGCCACAAGAAAUGGAUUACUAGCAUCUCGUGGGAGCCUGUCCACCUUACCUACCCGUGCCGUCGGUUUGUAACUUCCAGCAAAGAUGAGGACGCAAGGAUAUGGGACAUCACACUUAAAAAAUCUGUAACUUGCCUCAGUGGGCAUACACGUGGCGUGACCUGUGUCAAAUGGGGUGGAGAUGGUAUCAUAUAUACGGGUUCUCAAGACUGUACGAUAAAGAUGUGGCAAGUUACUCCCGAGGGCCUUCCAUGUUUGAAAGCGCAAUUAAAGAAGCAUGGGCAUUGGGUGAACUCCCUUGCAUUGAGCACAGAUUAUGUUCUCCGGACAGGAGCCUUUGACCACACUGGAAAACAAUAUUCCUCCUCGCCUGAAGAAGUUAGAAAGGCUGCCCUCAAAAGAUACGACCAAGCAAAAGGAGAGUAUGGCGAAAGAUUGGUUUCAGGUUCUGAUGACUUCACCAUGAUUCUUUGGGAACAGUCUGUUAGCGAUCAACCUAAACAGCAUUUGUUCGGUCACCAGCAGCUUGUAAACCAUGUGUGCUUCUCACCUAAUGGCCAGUGGAUUGCAAGUGCGUCGUUUGAUAAAUCUAUCCGGAUAUGGGAUGGUAUCACUGGGGCUUUUAUUACAACUUUGCGAGGCCAUCUUGGACCUGUUUAUCAAAUCAGUUGGUCCCCCGACAGUAGAAUGCUUUUAAGUGGUAGCAAAGACUCUACUCUUAAGAUAUGGGAUAUUGGACUGAGACAGUUAAAGCAAGAUCUUCCUGGUCAUGCCGAUGAGGUUUAUGCAGUGGACUGGAGUCCAGAUGGUGAGAGAGUAGUCUCCGGUGGUAAAGAUAAAUCUCUGAAACUAUGGGUUGGUUGAAGAUAGAGCAGCUGGAGCUACCAGCGUUAGCUAUUAGUUUCAGUUUCCACCGACUC